AUGGAUUGGUUUCACUGCAACCAGUGUUUCCGAAAAGAUGGAGCUCAUUUCUUUGUCACGAGCUGUGGCCAUAUUUUUUGUAAAAAGUGUGUGACUCUGGAGAAAUGUGCCGUUUGUGGAGCUUCUUGCAAGCGUCUGGCUCUUUCUGAUAAUCUAAAACCUCAGGAGAAGCUGUUCUUCAAAAGCCCUGUGGAAACAGCUUUGCAGUAUUUUAGUCACAUCUCUCAGGUAUGGCGUUUUCAGAAGAAACAAACAGAUCUCCUCAUCGCCUUUUAUAAGCAUAGAAUUACAAAGUUAGAAGCAGACAUGCAGGAGGCCCAGCAAACAGUGGCCAGCCAGGACAAAGAACUAUCAGUCUUAAGGAAGGAGAAUGAAGAACUGAAGAAGUUUCUAGCCAUCCUAAAGGAAUCUCCAAGUCGAUACCAAGGAAGCAGGUCAACCACACCUCGACCAGUGGGCAUCACCUCCCCAUCACAGUCAGUUACUCCACGACCCAGUUCUCAGCAUAGCAGCCAAGUGGUCAGUCGGUCCUCCUCAGUGGAGUCUACCCCUUAUGGAGUGGCUAGCUUUGGUAGCUUGGGACAAGGAGUUAGAGGCCUGCAGGGAAGGAGCACUCCCAGAGACUGUUAUACUGAAACCCCUUCACCAGCUUCCACUUACAGCCUAUGUUACAGACCUUCAUCUGCCUCCUCUGGACAGGGGAUUUUUUCUUUCAGACCAUCCCUAAAUGAUAGGGAUUCAGGCCACACAAGAGUCCUCACCCCCAGCCAUUCAGGUCAGAGGGAGAGCAGAACAACACUAGAGAGUCUUCCUAGUUCCCAGCUACCAUUCCUGUAG